GAAUAUGCGGUUCUGAGUGUUUAACAAAACUCCCUUCACAAUUCGAAGAAGGCCACAGUUGAAUGGGUGAGGAGAGAGUUUCACUCUAAACUCGUGUGUUUAUUUACACACGUGUUUGUUUACUCUCGAUCCUUCUCUUUUAUUUCUUGUUUUUUUCAUUCAUUUUUCAUCCAUUUUUCAUCUCCGCGAAUUGGGAUUAGGGUUUAUCUCAAUCCCCAUUCUACAAUUUUGAAUCAAAUCUUGUUUUUCCAAUUCAUUAUUUACUUUCUCCGCACUUCAAUCAAAUCGGCACGAGAAUCGAAUCAAUAAGCCGAAUGUUGUAAAUCUAGUUUCGAAACUGCAUUAGGGUUAGGAUUAAGGGUUUUAGAUUCACAGUGUUUUGAUUUUGAUGAAAUGGAGGGAACUCGUAGAUUGUUGGAUAGAUCCAGAGAACCGGGUCCCAAGAAACCCCGAUUGAUGGAGGAGCUUCAGCGAGGUUCAAACCCUAAUACUCGUCCCUUUCCUCAACGACCACCUGCAACGAUGGCUAGGUUUCGAAUUAAUGACAGAGAGCUUGAUACUAGUGACGCCGAUCAUGGUGACGGUGGUUACCACCCGCAGCCACCGCCGCAUCAAGAGCUUGUGACUCAGUAUAGGGCUGCUUUGGCUGAGCUUACUUUUAAUUCGAAACCUAUAAUUACCAACUUGACUAUCAUUGCUGGAGAGAAUCUUUCUGCUGCCAAAUCAAUUGCUGGAGCUGUUUGUGCUAAUAUUCUAGAGGUUUCAAGUGAUCAAAAGCUGCCCUCGCUUUAUCUGUUAGACAGUAUUGUUAAGAAUAUUGGGCGGGAUUACAUAAAAUACUUUGCUGUUAGACUACCUGAGGUAUUCUGCAAUACAUACAAACAUGUUGAUCCUCCUGUGCAUUCAAGUAUGAGGCAUCUUUUUGGAACUUGGAGAGGAGUCUUUCCUCCCCAGACCCUGCAAAUAAUUGAGAAAGAACUUGGCUUUGCUCCCACAGUCAAUGGUUCAGCUUCUGCAUCUGCUACAAUUAGAAAUGAUUCUCAGUCUCAACGUCCACCUCAUAGCAUCCAUGUAAAUCCCAAAUAUUUAGAAAGGCAACGUCUUCAGCAGUCUAGCAAGACUAAAGGAGUAUUUGAUGAUAUGACUGGAGUUAUUUCAAAUGCAAAUGAGGACUCAGAGAGGUCAAAUAGAGCUUUGGGUGUUGCACGGCCGUGGCUGGAUUCUAGGGUUAACAUGCGUGUAUGUGAAAAUAACCAGCAUACUCAUAGAGAUGCAUUUAAUGAUUCUGUUCCUGACAAGAGCAUCGACGGAGCCUAUGGAGAUGAGGAAUAUAAUUCUAGUGUUUCAAAUAAUUUGGGUUCAGAUGUUGGAAGAACUGGAAGUAGGCUCAUUGGCGGUGUUGCAGAGACCUUAUCCGGGCAAAGAAAUGGUUUCAGCCUCAAACAUGGUUUUUCUAAUUACGAAGCACCAAAGCCUAUGAAUUUGGAUGCACAUAACAUAAGGAGCAGUGCCAGGUCAAGGAACUGGAAAAAUUCAGAGGAAGAGGAGUUUGUGUGGGAUGAGAUGAACCCUGGUUUGCCCGAACAUGUACCUAAUGUCUCUAGCAACUUGAGCUCAGACCCAUGGAUUGCCGAUGACGACAAUUUGGAAAGUGAAGAUCACCUCCAAAUGACACAUCCAAUUAGAACUAAAGUUGAUAAAGAAAUAUCCACCGUUAAGAAACAACUACCAUCAUCAGGGGGCCAUUCAUCAUUAUCAUGGGGGUUGCAGAAGCAGCUCCCAAGUGCCAAGUUCAAUAUGAAGUCAGGUCACUCAGAAACAUUUGUUUCAGCUCCUAGUGGCUUACCCAAGAAUUCAAACUCUUUGGCUGCAAGGAUGAGAAGUCAGUCUUCUAUGCCGCAUACAACAAUAGGAUCGGCCAAAAUUAUGGGACAACAACAAUUUGAUUCUGAAGGUGCCGAAUCCCCUUCUGAACAGUCACCUUUGCAACAACAGUCUCCAUCCGUGCCAGUAACAACACAUCACGCUCCUUCAGUGCGAAAUUUGGCUGAGCAAGAUUGUUCACAAACUCUUAAAACAUCUCAACAUUUGGGUGGUCCGCAAAGUCAAUAUAUUAAAGAUCCCACACUUGCAACUCGUCCCAAUGUUCCGGUUGGUACCUUGCGGAAAUCACAAGCAAAGGACACGCGGGGUCCAUCAUCUUCUGUAACUUCUGUCCAGGCAAAGCCUCAACAACGACAGCUGGGCCCUUCACAGGUUGAAGUUACUCUUAAAGCUAAGCAGCCACUCAAGUCCAGAGUUUCUUUAGCCAAAGCCAAAGCCAAAGAAACUUCAGAAAAGUCAACCACAAAAAGUCAUCCAGCUCCAUCUGUGAAGAGUGGAGUUAUCCCCAACAAAUCUGGACCAAUUACCAAAAGUCUGGAUGCAAGUAACCGUCCAUCUCAAUCAGGGGUUAAGCCUACUCGGUCAAUUGGUGCUUCCCCUACGACAUUAAUUUCUUCGGGGUCGUCCUCCGUGUCAUUAGGUUCUUCAAAUGAUCAUUCACAGGCUUUGCCAAAACUACCUCAGGGGAAGGUUGUAAAGAAGCAAAAAAAAUCUACUCAACCAUCUGCUUCUUCUAAUGAACGUGGUGCAUCAGCCCCGAGCUCAAAUACAGUCAAUAAGAAUACCUUGAAUCCAAUUUCAAAUCUUUUAAGUUCAUUAGUUGCUAAAGGUUUGAUAUCCGCAGGAACGGAGUCGGCAACUGUAGUGCCCAAUGAGACGGUGAUUCGAUCGAAAGACCAAACUGAAAGCAUCACCACCAGCUCCUCAUUGCCAGUUGUUUCAGUUCUUGAUUCUGCAACUGUCCCAAUAAAAUCUUCCAAAGUUGAGGUAGAUGGUGAUGAGGUGGAUGAUGAUGAGGUAGACGGUGAUGAGGUAGAUGAUGCUGCAAAAGCCUCACUUGCCUUGUCUCAAUCAACUAGCACAGAAAUUAUAAAUCUCAUUGGCUUUGAUUUCAAACCUGAUGUAAUUCGAGAAAUGCACCCACAUGUAAUCACAAAAUUAUUGGAUGAACUCCCACAUCAUUGCAGUAAAUGUGGUAUUAGGCUUAAACACCCAGAACAGUUCGAUAGACACUUGGAAUGGCAUGCUACAAAAGAAAGAGAACAAAAUGGUGUGAAUGGAGCAUCAAGAAGAUGGUAUGCAAAGUCAAAUGACUGGAUUGCUGGCAAGGCUGGAUAUCUGUCCGAGUCUGAAUUUACUGAUUCUGUAGAUGAACUUGACGAUGAAAACAUAUAUGAGAGUCAAUUGGAUUCUAUGGUUUUAGCAGAUGAAAACCAAUGCUUGUGUGUAUUGUGUGGUGAGCUAUUUGAAGAUGUAUACUGUCAGGAAAGGGAGCAAUGGAUGUUCAAGGGGGCUGUUUACUUGAACAAUUCCGAUAACAUUAGUGAGAUGGAAAGUAGAAAUGUGGGCCCCAUCAUUCAUGCUAGAUGCUUAUCAGAGAACAAAAUAUCUGUUGUGACCAAUACAGAGCUUGAUUAAUAGGUUUCCCCUAUAGCAUUGAAGCCGAGAGUUAAUGUCAGGAGCUUACCAAGGGUACUCAGGUUCUCAUUGCAUACUAAAACUUGAUGGCUCAUUUGACAUUUAAAAUUAGUGUCUCUAACUGCUCGCCAAAGAAAUCAAACAAAUUUUGUGCCCUUUUGUUUCUUUUUCUUGUACUAGAGGGAUAAAAAGAGAAAUUAAGCCGUAUUUAAAAUAUAUAAAUGCGAGAUAGUUUUUUUUUGUAGCUAAACUUGAUCUUUGAUAUGGUUGAGAUAACUUUUUGUAUCAUAGGUGAUGAAGCGAAUUUGCACAUUUAACAGAUAUGGGGAUAAUGCAGGUGUUACGCACCAAGGCUGUCUCAUUCAAAUAGUGGAUAUUGUUAUCCUUGUCAUUAAUAAUAGAGAUUUUGAUUCCCCACUCUUUUAAUUUUCCGUUACUAAAUCUGCACAUUUUCUUUGGGAGGGAAUUGAAAGUGCAAUACUGGUGUAUCGUUUUCUGGAAUUUCUCAGCUGCAUAAACAAUAAUGAUGCACUGGGUUUCUUGCCAACUUUUCACUUGAUUUUUUGAUUGUUGAUUUGGUUGAGAA